UCUAUAUACUCCUUAAAAAGUUCCUGUUACCUGAAUAGAAUUGGAGAUUUUUUGGCAAACACACAGCAAUGGUUACAAAAACAUCCAUUAGAAGACGCGAAAAAAGAAUUUGACGAAACCUUGAAGGAGAUUAUUGACGAAUCAAAGGAUCACUCGGAAAAUGAUCAUACAGAACAAUCAAAACUCAGAGAAAGAGCAAAAUGUGCAACAAGUUGUGUAUCAAAGGUGAUUGGCACACUUAAAAAACUUUCAUAUGCAAAAGAUGCAUUUGAAUGGUUGCAUAAUUUCGAUAAACAUGAAUUUAAACAAUCAUUGAAUGUCGAAUUGUCUGAUCUACUAAACAAUUUAAAGGAUUAUGUAUCAUCUCUAGAAACAGCAUUACAAUCUUUCCAGCACUAUGCGGAUGAACAGCGCUCAGCCAUGGAUCAGUUUGAAGAAAUAAAUUAUUCGUACGGUCAGAUAUCGAAGUUACUCACCGAAUGUCAUGGGAUGUUUUCAGAUGCAGAAAAAGUAGUCAAUCAGCUGGUAAAAUGUGGUCCAAAUAUUUUGAAAAGUCUAUAAGAGAGAUUCACAUUUACAGUAGCCAAAAGUGUAUAAAUGCAUGUCGAAACAUGUGUCAAGCUUUAUUGGAUUAUCCUAAAAGUGCAUAUCUGGAUGAGAUGUUCAUACAAAAGAAAGAGAAUGGGGGAAAAAAUGGAGAUGGCAGAGGUCAGAGAAGUCGUGUUGGGAUUCAACCAAAGACGAUCGAUGAGGGGGAUCAUCUAAAAACAAGAUCUGCAGGAAAUCAACCAAAGACGAGUAGUGAGGGAGGUCAACCAGAGAUGAGUAGAAAAGAGGAACAACCAGAGACAAGUAGGAGAGAAAAACAACCUGAGACGAGAAAAAGAAAAGAACAACCAGAGACGAAUAGAAGAGAGGAACAACCAGAAACGAGUAGAAGAGAGGAACAACCAGAGACGUGUAGAAGAGAGGAGCAACCAGAGACCUGUAGAAGCGAAGAACAACCAGAGACAAGUAGAAGAGAGGAUCAACCAGAAACGAGUAGAAGAGAGGCACAAACAGAGACGUGUAGAAUAGAGGAACAACCAGAAACGAGUAGAAGAGAGGCACAAACAGAGACGGGUAGAACAGAGGCACAACCAGAGACGUGUAGAAGAGAGGAGCAAGCAGAGACGAAUGGAAGAGAAGCACAAACAGAGACAUGUAGAAGAGAGGAACAACCAGAGACGAGUAGAAGAGUGGACCGACCAGAGACGUGUGAAAGAGGAGAUAAACCAGAGAUAAGUGAUGAAGGGGAUGAACCAGAGAAAAGUAGCGGAGUGAACCAACCAGACACAAGUAGUGAGAGUGAUGAACCAGAGACGAGUAGAAGAGAGGAACAACCAGAGGCGAGUGGUAUGACAAAGAAAAGGGAGAAAGAUGAUGACACUCAAACAUCGUUCGAAGAUCUAUUGCUAUGGGCAAUAUUAGUAAACAGACCAAACCUAGCAACUUUAUUUUGGAUGAAAUGCAAAAAUCAGCUAUUUGUAGAAAGUGGAGGAGGGGAUUAUAAUAUGUAUAUAUAA